AUGGCCACAAACACCCUCACCGUCGGCACUCGAAAAUCGCCGCUGGCAUUGGCUCAAGCCGAACUCGUUGUCGCAUCCCUCCAGUCCCUCUUCCCCUCCGACACCUUUCCCAUUCACGGCACAACCACCACCGGCGACAGAGACCUCAACACGGCCCUCUACAACUUUGGCGGAAAAGGUCUCUGGACCACCCAGCUAGAAGAGAAGCUCGUUGCCCAAGAAGUCGACAUUGUCGUCCAUUCUCUCAAGGACAUGCCCACCACUCUCCCAGACGACUGCAGCCUGGGCGCCAUCACCAAGCGCGAAGACCCCCGCGAUAUACUAUCUAUCAAGAAGGAACUGCGAGAUAAGCACGGCUGGAAGAGCAUAGUCGACCUACCGCACGGUAGCGUAAUUGGCACCAGUAGUAUUCGACGCAUCGCUCAGUUAGCAAGGCGGUACCCUCACCUCAAGUUCAAGGACGUCCGAGGAAACAUCCAGACAAGACUGCAAAAGUUGGACGAGGAUCCCGAACUGAGUGCCAUUGUGCUUGCCGCGGCGGGCCUACUUCGCAUGAAUCUCGGGGAACACAUUUCGCAGUACCUGGAUGUUGAUAACGGGGGUAUCCUGCAUGCUGUGGGACAAGGAGCGCUGGGUAUAGAGUGUCGGGCGGGGGACGAGCGCGUGCUGGAGGCAGUCCGACAGAUUGAGGAUAAAGAGACCGCCCUGGCUUGCUUGGCGGAGAGGAGUCUGAUGAGGGAGUUGGAGGGAGGGUGUAGCGUGCCUAUUGGAGUUGAGACGAGGUGGGUGCAUGGCAAACUGCGACUCAGAGCAACGGUGGUGUCGGUUUGUGGCAAGGACGGCGUGGACUCGGAUCUUUCGGAGAGUGUGACGACGAAAGAGGAGGCGGAAGAUUUGGGACGAAGGGCAGCCAAGGAUUUGGUCAGCAGGGGAGCGGAUAAGAUUCUGGAUGCCAUCAAUAAGACGAGGCCUGGCUGA